UCAUGCCCCUACACCAUAGGUGUUCAUCCACAUUGGGAUGAGAUUUGUGGACAACUUUUGAAUGCGGCUUAUUACAGGCUUCUGGAAAGGUCAGAUAAGAUGCUCAUGAUGUUGCAACGAAAACUACCGGCUGAUCCAAGUUUGCACUUUCCGACCACCAUUCUCACCAGUGUUCAAGUGCACAUUCUCAAUCCUGUGGAUAUAAUGAGAGCGGUUUUGGACGAAGGCGUGUGCUGUUUCCCUUACGGAGCGAUUCUUGACAAAACGAAUGCAAUUCUAGAUCAAAUCGAGUAUAUGCUAUAUGGCGGAGAACACGUGGGUUGGGAACCUGUCGCUUUGAUGGCAAAGAAAGCAUCGUUGCACUAUCGUACUCACCUGGAACGGACAAUGGAAGAGAGGCUUGGUGAAGGACUGCGAUUGAAGGCUGCUCAGCGAAUUCUACGACUCGACUCAUUCCUUGUGGAAAGCACAGUGACAAAACUUGAAAAGGAUACGACCAAGGCUAGAGACGAGUUGAAAUGGGAAUUGGAGCAGUUACAGCAACAAAACGCUCAGCUACGCAAAGACAAUCGGCAGUUGAAGAUGGACCACAUGCGUCUGGAAACUCGUGUUGAAGUGCUCGAACAGAAAUUCAAGACUCUGGCUCGACUACUCAGCUGA